AUGGAAGAUGACUACGUAGACUUGUCCGAUUACAACGACGAUAGCGUGCUAGAAAAUGAGAUUGCCGAUCUUGAGCGUCGACUAGCAGAAGCCAAGGCAAAACGUCGACAGCUCACGCCCCAAUCCGACUCUCCACCGUCUCACACUCCGUCAAGUAAGUGUAACAGCCCAAUGAAUCGCUCAUCACAUCAAUUGACCUGUCUAAACUCACCAACUCACUUCCUCCUCCUCCUCUCCGACUCCGCCCUCCCCCUCGGCAGCUUCGCCUUCUCCUCCGGCCUCGAGAGCUAUCUCGCCCAUCACCAAAAGACCCUGGCCCCGCAACAGCCCGCCUCCUUCACUUCCUUCCUGCCCUUAUCCAUCUCAUCCUACGCUUCCACAACCCUCCCCUAUGUCCUUGCCGCCCACCGCGACCCGUCUCUCGCGAAUCUCGCCGCACUCGACGACAUGCUCGACGCAAGCAUUAUCUGCACCGUCGGGCGGCGGGCAUCUGUCGCGCAGGGUAGGGCGCUGCUGUCGAUCUGGGAACGGUCGUUUGUUGGAUCACCGGGCACGGGCACGGGUGCGGGCGGGGAGACGGAUGGGGAAAGGGAAGGGGAAGGGGUGAGGGGGUUUUCGGCGUUGCUACGGUGUUCUGCCGCUUCUUCUUCUCCUUCUUCCUCCGGAGACGGUGGCGGCGCGUGGGACGUAGACCCGCCGGCGGUCGCGGCACAUCUGCCUCCGCUGUUCGGAGCGAUCUGCGCGCUGGUUGGGCUCGACCUGGAGCAGACGGCCUAUGUGUUCUUGCUGGGGCACGUGAAGGCGCUGGUGUCGGCGGCGGUGCGGGCGGGCGUGUUUGGGCCAUAUCAGGCGCAGAGGACGCUGGCGAGUGGAUCGGUGCAGGGGUUGAUCCGGGUCAUGAUCGAGCGGGAGUGGGAGACGAGAGUGGAAGAUGCUGGGCAAAACGUGCCCGUUAUGGACUUGUGGGCGGGGAGGCAUGAGGUGUUGUAUUCGAGGAUAUUCAAUAGUUGA